AAAGGUCAGUGCCAAAGCGCCGCCCGAACAAUACAUCGCAAGGAUUCGGAAAGUAAUGGAGCCGGGGAACACGUCCAAGGUCGGUAGUUUUAAGAGAACGAGAAGAAAGAUGUUUGAUACGUCAACGCAGAAUCUUCGGGACCUGGAAAUCUCACUAAGAACAAACAACAUCCAAUGGGUACGGGAGUUUUUGAACGAGGAAAACCUUGGUUUAGAUGUCCUAGUUGAGUAUCUUCAAUGGCUGAAUAAAACUAUGACGCACGAGGAACAUCUAGAGACGCUACCGCCGAAGCAGAGGAGCUCGUUGAGCGUCCGAGGGUCGCGGCACGGGAAGAAGUUCUCCAUGCAGUCCCAUCUAGCCAUCACCAGAGACGACGUCCAUGUUUGUAUUAUGUGCUGCAGAGCAAUUAUGAAUUUCCAGUAUGGUUUCAACCUGGUUAUCAAUCACAAAGAAUGUAUUAAUGCAAUAGCCCUUAGUCUAAAUCAUAAAUCACCCAGAACCAAAGCCUUAGUGUUAGAGUUGUUAGCAGCUGUAUGCCUCGUCAAGGGAGGCCAUGAAAUCAUUCUCAGUGCUUUUGAUAACUUCAAAUUGGUAUGUUGUGAGGCAUAUAGGUUCCAGAAGAUGUUUGAGUACUUCACGAGAUACGAAGAAGCAAGUAUAGACUUCAUGGUUGCGUGUAUGCAGUUCAUCAACAUCGUUGUUCAUUCUGUAGAGAAUAUGAACUUCAGAUCACAUCUCCAGUAUGAGUUCUCAUGUCUUGGAUUAGAUGACUAUUUAGAGAAGCUCAAGACGACGGAGAGUGACCGGCUCCAGGUCCAGAUCCAGGCUUACCUUGACAAUGUGUUUGAUGUUGGUCAACUCAUGGAGGACUCGGACACCAAGACCGCUGCAUUGGAGAGAGUGGCCAACCUCGAAGAAGCUUUGUAUCAGACUACAGACAGUUUACGGGUCAUGGAGGAUGCAUCGUUAGCAAAGAUUGCGGAGCUCCAGAUGGGUAUUGCUAAAAUCAGUAGAGAGUUAGAUGUAGUAAAGAAUGAAAAGCUUGAAGCGGACAAGACGAUAAAGGUCUUAAAGAGCAUCCCGAGGGGUACUGGCAAUGGUACAGGUGCUGGUGGUGGUGGAGGUGAUGGCAUCGGUACUGGUACCGGCGGCGGCGGUGGUGGUACCGGCAGUGGCGGUGGUGGUACCGGCGGCGGUGGUCCUGGUCGUGGAAAUGGUACUGGCGGACCCGGCCUUGGUAACGGUAGCAUGACGUUAGGACAGGAUGAUGACUUUCCUCCUCCACCUCCUCCCCCGCCUCCUCCAGCAGAAACCAAUGGAUCUGCACCUCCCCCUCCUCCUCCCCCGCCCCCUCCACCAGGUCAAGCUGGUCCUCCUGCUCCCCCUCCACCACCCAUGGGUGUACCUCCACCCCCUCCCCCACCUUCAGGGGCACCAAUUCCACCCCCUCCCCCUGGUAUGAUUGGCGGAGCACCAUUUGGAUCUGUAACAAUAAAGAAGAAGAUCCGAACCAAGUAUCGUCUUCCAGCACUCAAUUGGGUUGCAUUUAAACCGAAUCAGAUCGGAGGAACCGUGUUCAGUGAGCUUGAUGAUGACAGGGUUAUGGGGGAUAUUGACUUUGACAGCUUUGAGGAAACGUUCAAGACGCAGACGCAAGGCAGCGGUCUGACGGUGACGGACGGUAAGAAAAAGGCGACAUUGAAGAAAGAAACCACGUCUCUCCUCGACUCAAACAGGUUACAAAACAUCUCCAUCAUCAGGAGAAAGAUUGAGCUUACAACGGAGCAAAUCGUCGAAGCAAUCAAGAAGACGAAUCUCGCUGCUCUUCCGAUCGAUGCAGUAGAACAGCUUCAUAGAUGUUGUCCCAAGGAUGACGAGAAGAAAGCAUUCCAGCAGUAUGAGAAAGAUAAGAAGCCCAUCAAUGUUCUCACAGAUGAGGAUAGACUCAUGAUUCAGCUGUGUAAGGUUGAUAGGCUUGGUCAACGUCUUGGUUGUAUGAUCUUCAUGGGUAACUUCACAGAUACCAUACUUUCUUUCACACCGCAACUGAAUGCAAUUACAUCAGCAUCGUUAUCCAUCAAGAACUCGAGCAGGAUCAAGAAGUUAUUAGAGGUUAUUCUAGCUUUCGGUAACUACUUGAACAGCUCAAAGAGAGGAGCGGCCUAUGGUUUCAAACUCCAAACACUAGAUACGAUCCUUGAUACAAAAUCAGCUGACCGUAAAAUCACCCUGCUUCACUACAUCGUACAGACCAUCCAUCAAAAAUUCCCUGAUGUCGCUAGUUUCCAUGAAGAUCUCCAGUACAUCGAGAAGGCAGCAGCAGUCUCGCUGGAGAAUCUGAUAGCUGACAUCACGAGUCUGAGCCAUGGUAUCACGCUGUGUAAGAGAGAGUACGCCCAGCAGAGCGAUAAUACCAUCCUCAGAGAUUUCUUGCUGAACAACGAGGAGAAGGUCCGGAAACUGGAGAUGGAUCUCAAGAAUGCAAAGGAUGCAUUCAAUGAAGUCGUUGGUUAUUUUGGUGAGAAUCCCAAGACGUUACCCCCCAGUGCCUUCUUUGCCCUCUUCCAUCGGUUCUCAGUUGCUUUCAAGAAAGCAGAGGUCGAGAAUGAACGAAGGAAAAAAAUCCAGCAAGCCCAGAAGAACACGGCAGAUAACAUCGCAGCAGCUCAGAAAGUUAGGAAAGACAAACAAAAUCAGGCCGCAGUAGUAGCCGAGCUCGAGACAAGGUAUAGGGGCAAGGAGAAAGGACCCAAAGAGGUCUCGGAUGGUGCUAUUGAGAAUAUCAUCUCGGCUUUAAGACAAGCUCGAUCUGAAAAACGAGCCAUACCGACGUGCCGAUGGCAUACGGCGGAGUCUCCGGCGUAGGCAGGUGGAACGACCGUCUAUCCUAGCUGACGAGAUGGUCAUCUAGACUAAUGGAUGGAGCACUUGACCAGCACAGAGCACCGACCAGUAUAUUAAACUGCUAGCGUCAGGAAAUGUUCAUUCUCGUGCCAAAGCAAUCAGAAAUAUAGCACCAAGAAGGCAGUUUGUAGAGUCUUUGGCACAACCGACUAUCCUUGCCGACAACAUGAUCAGUUACAUGUAGCUUGAUGGUCAUAGGACGUGACCGGCACAAAGCACUAACCACUAAAGUGUAUUUAUCUGUUAGAUAUGAGUAAUGUCAAUUCUGGUGUUUUCCUGAACAGACAGAGAUCUUCCAGCAGACACUUGGUGUACUGCAUCCGCUUCACCAGAAGAAGAGCCACAUCUUCAACACUUGAAGGCAGUCCAGGGCUUUAUAACACAAAGGUUUGUGAUGGAUUGCAAAUAUGAAAUAAUUUUUUCGAUAGGAUACAGGUCAGUGGUUUGAGUGAAAUUCGCCUUCAAUAUUGAUCAUGAGUGGCCAAUUGCAAUUUAGCGAUGAUUGAAAAUCUUUGCGUUACAGAGCCUUGAGUUCCACCAGACCUUAAAUGUAAAAGAUGUGCCACCAAUGACAUCAAAGUUGUAGUCGGCUCUUUAUUACCAUAUCUAAAAGAUUUCCGACCACUUUGAGACUGGCUCUUUUGACAAAUCCAGCACAUUUCUCACUAACAAUGCUAAGGUUUUGAGUUUAUGAUAUAUAUACUUGUAAGUGAGGAGCAUGCAUCACACAUAUACAAUUUAAAUAUCUCCAUAUAUAUCACAUUUGUCAACCAUUCAUUGAAAAAAAAAAUAGGUGACACCUUUCUCUUGCCAUGAAUGGCAAGGAGAAGAAGAUAGAUUGUUUUGUGUACCAGAUCAGGUAGUAUAAUGGUAGAUGUGUAGAUAUCGUGCAUAAAGCAAGAUUAGAAACUAGACUGUAGUGCGCACAUCUCUUCUAGAUCGUAUGCUGAUUGCGUAAUCUUUCACAAUGCCUAUCUGAUGAUGGUGGUUGAGGGCAGCAUUUCCUUGAAAAGAAAACUAUGUAGACAAUCCUUUCUUUGAUUUCAAUGGGGGAAAGCACCCAUUAUCUCGCUCUUAUGAGGGUCGAAGGUCACGACAUGGGGUAAAAAGGUCACGACCUGGGGUGAAAGGUCAUGACCUGACAUCUGUAGUCUGUCAGCGGUGUUAUGUAAUCGGUCAGUUGAUGAAAUGUGAGUGGACAGUGAUAAUAAAUAUUAAUCAUGAUGAAGCUCAGGCUACUUUUAAAAAGAAAAGUUGAAAGAAAGAUCAAAAUUACAAUGUAAAACUUAUUAAAAAAGACCAAUGCUAUUCUUAACUAUUCUGAAUUGUAAUUGUAACAAAUUGUGAAAGAUGGUACAUGUAUAAUUGUAUGUCAUCUAUGCAAAACCUACAACAUAAAUAUCGUGUCAAAAUUGUGUAGCCAUGCACACCAACAUUUUCGACUUUCUCUUCUGUUUUCUUACAUAAAAAAAAAAACCAUGAUUAUGAUAUAAACAGACAAAUUUUCCGUAUAAAAUGGUCAGAGACCGGUACAUUAAGGCAAAUAUAAAGAAAAUGUGACCAGUCUCUUAUAAUAUAAUUUCAAAAAGGGUGAUUAAUAUCAGGCCCAUCACAUGUAGUUGCACCUCUAUCAUUUUGUAAUUCAUGCUUUAAUAAAGAUGACCAAAUCGUUAUGAAUAUUCAUGAAAUAUGUCCAAAUGUUUCUUUUAAUACCUUAUGAUGUUUAGUAUGAAUUAGUUGCUUCAGAAUCAGAAAGACUCUUCCCAUCUACAGACUAUACGUCCUUCUGAUUCUCAUGCAACCACUUAAAGUAUGAUUGCUUCCAAACGGAAGAGCUGAUGAAAGUUAAUAUUCUUUUUUUAUAGUGAUAAAUAAUUUUUUUAUAUAUGAACAAAGUAUAUAUAAACAACACAAAUGUAUAUAGAAAGGAUGAAAUUGUGAAGAUUUUCUAUUUAUGAUUGAUUAUCUGCUUGCAGACGCGAAGCAAUUCUAUAAGACAUUAUUUUUGUGUCUUUGGGUUUGUUUUUAUAUUUUAUAUACAUGUACAGCCAAUUGCUGUGUGAUGCAACUCAGAGUGCAAAGCUCGGAGGUGUUUUGUGUUUAACAUGUAAAAACAUUGGGCAAUAUAACAUUCUAAGUUUAUUGAUUAUCGUAUGAAUAGUUUGUGUUCGUCAUUAUUUAUAUCUAUUUUCGAAUGUAUAUGAUUUUUUUGGAGCUGUUGACGAUGGACUUGAUGACAAUGUUUGCAUUUUUUUUUCUCAACUGUUUGCCAUCCAUUUCACUUCAUAUACAAUGAAACACAUAUCUCUCUAGUAUAUAUAUAUCUUAACUAUUCACCAAUUAAAGAACACACCUUCAAUAUAAAUAUAAGGUGUUGCAAGACUUUAUAGCUUGUAAUCAUGACAUAAUAUUCUUGUUUUAUAUAUCAAAAUAUGACAAUGGUGUCAAUAUAAUUUUACCCAGAGUUCACAUAUAUCUUUAGGCAGGAAAAGUCACUUUUUUAUAUUCUUUUGAUAAAAUUCUGCCAUUUUACAGGAAUUGCAGAUGAACUGAAAUCUCUUGAUAUCUUUGUAGUAUCUUAGUAGCAGUAUGUUGUAAACCAAGUGCUGUGAGAAUGCCUUUGUAAUGUAAGCAACAAGCUAGAGACCAAAUUUGAGGAGAAUCUUGUAAUAUUUUGAUGCGCAAAUCACAGUUCCUGCACUUCAUUGUGUUAAAAUAAAUGUAUUAUGACAAUCAUGUAAUUUGUAGCUGUAGUUGUACUUGCAUUUUAAGGAGUUGUGAUAAACUAGGGCACAAUUUAAACUUGCAAGACGAAGUAUAGCUUGUAGUAUAAUAUAACAGAACAGGUUCAAACCAUUUUAAAACUUACACAUUUUUUUCUCAUGAAAUAGAUCAAUUUUUUAUACACACUUAUAUCUAUGAUGCUGAUAUUUGCCCCGUACACUUAUACUGUACACAUUUAAUUUGUACCUCUUUUUAUUUUUUCUCUUAAAGUUUGAUAUUAUUUAUUUUGCUUUUACAGUACGAAAUAAGAAUUUGGUUGCGUCCCUUUUAUGUUGUUCUUUGCCCAUUAUGAAGCUAAUUUGACACGGAUCUGAAAUGUCAACUUGCCAGUUUAUUUGUAAUAUUAUCUCAUUUUACCACACAAUAUAACCUCACGUGUUAUUUUUUUUUUUUUAAGGAAAUCAGGAGUUCUUGACAUUCCAGCCCCUCUAUUUUUUGCCAUUGAUAUUGAAAUUAAACAAAUAGCACACAAAUUGUCAUUUUGUUAACCUGGAAUAUGAAAUAAAUACACACAAAAAAGAAACAGCAUUUUAUAUAGUUUUUCAGGAAUGGAUACUUUUUGCAGACAUUCUGAUCAAUUAUUUUAUUAACAUCAAAAUGACUGUAAAUGGAUGGUUUUAUAGACCUCCACCCCCAAAAAGAUAAAUUACAAUAACAUUUUGUGAGAAUAUACAGUAGUUAAGUCAGAAAAUGCUAGCACUGUUUUAGAUAUCGGCUGUAAGACCCCUGAGUACUAAGCUUCAUGCUUCAAUGUGCCUUAUUUAGAUGGAACUCCUUGUGAUGUGUAUCAUAUAUAUUCUCCAGCAGAAAAAAAUCAAGUAUAUAAAUAAUGAAAAAUAAUGCACUAUUCAUUUGACAUAGCUGUAUUGCAGUUGAAAAUAAGGGGCACAUACUGUAUGUAGCAAUUUUUAAGGAUAAUGACUAAUGAAUUUCGCCAUGUUUUUCAAUUUUCAUGUUCCCUUGCACAUUUCUAUGGAGGAGAUGGUUUUCAGACAUUAUUAGAUUGCUACUUUUACCAUCUUUUGAAUUAUAGCUUUUUCUUCAUUUUUAAGAAAUUGUUUAAUUAUUAUUUUGUAAUUACAAGGUUUGAACACUACAGUCCUUUGAAGAUAUAGGUUUCAACUGAGACACACCAACAAAAGAAAAACCCUAAAUUAGGUUUUAGCUGUUUGUAGAAAUAAUGAAAUGGCUAUGAGAGAAUGACCCCCCAUGGAACAAUCUUCUCGCUGUCAUUGAGACAAUGUUAUCCAAUAAGGCAUAAAGCCUACAGUAAAUAUUUGCACUAUGUAAUUGAUAUAAAUAAAUUAUCAUUAUACCAUGCCAAGACAAAAUGAAUAAUCUAUAUACGUAGAGAGGCUUGUGCUGAUCCAUUUGUUUUUAUUUCACGACUCUUUCAAUCAUUUUACUUUUCCUUGCCAUAAAAACAAAUGUUCAGUUCGAAUGACCAGCGAUGAGAUGGCUUUUAUCUGGUUAUACAGUUUACACUCUUUGAAAUCAAGAUAUGCGAUACUAUUAUUGAGAAUUUGAUAGUGUACACUUGCUCAUUGUAUUAUUUUUCAGCUCUCAUUUACUUGCCUGUCUUUUAUCCUUAUUACCUUAAAAAGUAAGUUCUAUGUCUGUUGCUUAGGAUUUGAUUUUGCUGUAACACAAAAUAUCGUUACCUCCAGCUCAAGAUAUCUCUGGCAGGUUGCUCUAGUCAACGGAAUAAGAAUGAAUCCUUUCAAGUCAUAUUUUGUGUAAAAUGGUCUGUCUGAUGACUUGUACAUAAAUAAGAUGUAGAGAGAUUUGGUCUGUAAAGUUAUGCAUAACUUUGCGAUGAACUAGAAUAUGAAAUGCUGAAAUUUCUUUUUGCAGCAAAACAAUGUUUGAGUGUAUUACUAUAAAGACAAAAUUGGCAGUAAGGGAUUCCCAUUUGUACUCAAAUGUUUAUCAACACUCCAGCUUUUCAUCAUCAUCCAUGUAGUUCAACUUUAGCUAAUUUAUGUAAGGAAAAAAAGAAUGGCAACUCAUUUAGCUUGUAAUUAUCCAAUCAUUUAUAAAGUUGUUCGUAAGUGCAUGAAUAGCCUUAAGAAAGGCAACCCCUCGCAGCUCUUCAUCCUUUUACAGGACAAGCCGAUAAAAAAAAGGAUAAAGGUGAAUUUGAAUUUAUAGAGACUAAUGAUAUCAUUUUCUGUUUGAAACAAUCUACCUGGAUUUUUGCCUUAGUUUUACUAUACCAAAACUUCUUUUCAUAUUUCUUAAAUCCGAUAAUUCUCAUUUUGAUAAGGUUUGCCCAUCAUAGCAUUGGUAGGGAUAGGUUUAUUUUCUACAUGUACUGUACUUACAAAUAUCUUGCCUUAGCGUAACAUGAAUAUGAGGUGUUCGUUAAUUGAAAUGUAUGCCCAUGUAAUGUCUUUUUGUGGAUUAUUUUUUAAUGUCCAACUGAAAAAGGAAAGAUGACUAUAAAAAACAGGUUAUUUUGAAAUGAAAUGAUUUUUUUGGAUUGGCCGAUAUAAUUUUAAUGAACUAUGUAAUUUUAUUUUUAUAGAUUUCUUUCUCGGAAAUCCUGAAUCUCCAUUUUGGUAACAAAAUCAGAAGAAAUCAUAUGAAUUGUGUUCUGAGGUACUGUGUUAGGUUUAGAAGAGAAAUUAAGAUGACAUCUGUAGUCGACUUCAUUCACAAAUUGUUUUUUUUUCUGUUAUUUUUGUGUACAGAAUAAAUUGUUCUGAUAUUUUUAAGAUAAAUUUA